AAGUUGAGUUUAUGACAGUGCGCUAAGCCGUAUUGGCCACCGCUGUGGCCAUGCCAUCAAUCAGCCACAAGCUGUAAGGAGAUAAGUGCAGGUCGUGUUUUCCUCAUUUCCACCCUUAGUCUCGAGUUCAAGCGGUGUCCAACAUACCCACUCGAGUCCCUUAACUUCCCGAGUCAACCAUCCGAGUCACUGAUCGAGCACUCAGUCAUGGUCUUGGUACGCCAGUCCCCAGAAUGACACUGUCAGAGGAGGAGCUCCAGAUCAUCUCGGAGCGCCCCCUAGCUGCCAUUCUCAACCCGCUUCGAGACAAGCUACGCGAUACCAACACAGCCGACGAACCCCAACAGGAAGAUGUUGCCAGUCUUCUCUCAGCCCUGGUUGGGUCAGCGGCGGCAUUCAGCCUUCCUUCCCCUGACGGACGUGGCGACGUGGCAUCCGUACUCCUGGCCAUACUAAAGCGGAUCAGGGGGGGGUUGGUCGACCUCGGCCAAUUCCGUCCUCUCAUCGAACACGCCAUUGUAUCCUCUGACGUGCACAUUUGGGAAGAAGUUUACACGAUUAUCGAAACCGUCAGCGACAUCACGCCCCCGUCGAGCCUCGCCGCAACCUUCAAAGGUACACCGGUCAAAAGCAGCUCCAGUCGACUUGCCGAUACUGAAACGCGUGACAUUGUCGAGAGAGAACUCUUUUUCGAAAUUAAAGAUUGUACUUUUCGCAAUGUUGAUGGUUUCGUGGAUAAGUUCUUCAACGUUGAGAGCUGGAAUAGAGAACAGAAAGCGAUGCUGAAGGGUGUCAUGGCAGCACAUAACGGGAAGAGUUGGACGGAGUUUCCUAUCGUUCCCGAUGAGAAGCCAGUCUGGGUCUGGUUUCGCUCUCUGGAGGACCGUUUCCUAUCUGACGCACCUCACAAGCUUCAUACCACCAAAACCGCCAACCACUUCAAGGAACGGAAAGGUCAGAUGGAUCUCUUCUUCCAAAUACCAGCCACGCAGCCGGGUAAUACGCCGACGUAUAAAGAUAUCCUCGUCAUCGGAGAGCACAAGAAGUCUUACGACAGGAGCCGGUUUAAGGAGGAUUUCCUCCAACUCACGCGAUACGUCCGAAGUGUCUUCACCGACCAACCGACCCGCCGAUACGUUCACGCAUUCUUGCUCUGCGCUUCGAUGAUGGAGCUAUGGAUUUUCGAUCGGUCUGGACCGUACAGCUCGGGUACAUUCAAUAUCCACGAUGAGCCAGAGAAGUUUGCUCGAGCGCUAGUCGGGUACGCCACAAUGGAUGAUGCCGCGAUGGGUCUUGAUACGUUUGUCGCGCGAAUGCACGGACAUUACUGUGUCACUUUGAGCGAUGCAAGCGGCGGCGAAACAAGUAUUAGGCUAGGCAGGCCGAUCGUCCGGCAAAAGGCUGUGGUAUGUCGCGGCACUACCUGUUUCGAGACGCGAGGCGGUAACGUUGCAAAGUUCUCGUGGGUAUCAGAUAAGCGGAAGCUGGAGGUGGAGCAGCUGAAGCUGGCCGAAGAGAGAGGCGUUCAAGGGGUGGCGAGAGUUGUGGCACACCGCCAGAUCACCACCAUCGCAGAGCUUCGGGAGGGCUUGGAAUUCCGAGAACGCCACCGAUUUCGGAAUGAGACGGUUCACUUUGACGAUUUGCCGUCGACUAGCAGCGGAGGCAAACGCAAGUCUUCUUCCGAUCAUACCUCCGAUAGCGCGUCGGGGUCUAAAAGACUGCGGUCCAGCAGUCAGAAGCCGAAGCUGCUCCAAACGAUGAGUCAUUCACUGUCCAACCCAACAAGGCCAAGCUUGUACACCUCCAGCGAGGACCUGUGGGAGAAUAGGAUAUACUCCUGCCUCGUGAUCUCACCAGCUGGCCGGGUGAUCAGUGACUUCCGGACGAUCGAGGAGCUACUUCCGGCGAUGCGCGACGCGAUUAAGGCGCACAUGUCUCUUUACAUAGUGGGCAACAUUUUACACCGCGAUGUUUCGUCAAAUAACAUCAUCAUCACGAAACCCGAAGUGGCAGGCGGGUUUAAAGGUAUGCUGAUUGAUCUUGACCUGGCAAAGGAGAGGGACAGCGGUCCCAGCGGAGCGCGACACCAGACCGGCACGAUGCAGUUCAUGGCAGUGGAGGUGCUGCGGAGAGUCGAUCAUACAUACCGCCACGAUCUCGAGUCCUUCUUUUACGUCUUACUUUGGAUGUGUGCGCGUCAAUCAUGGCGCAAUGGGCUUGCGAAUCAAGAGAAACCACCACAAGAGAGUCGUCUACGGAAGUGGGAGAUUGGAAGAUUUCAAGAUAUUGCAGAUGUGAAAAGAGGACACAUGACUGUAGAUGGACUGGAAGACAUCAUGGGCGAAUUCCCGAAGCCUUUAGGCGUUUUGAAGCCACUUUGCCUGAAGAUCAGGAAGAUCCUCUUCGGAGACACGGCCAGGUUGUCCAUGGGAACCCCAACCGGGAAGCCUGAUCAACUCUAUAGACCAGUGAUAGCCGCCUAUGAUGAGGCCAUUAGUAGCCUUAGGUGUGAAGGCAUUUCCUAAUACAUAUUGCAACCGCUCUUGUGGCGUUACAGUUAUGUGCAAAACCACCUUCCUCUCCAUACGAAGUUGCUUUGCUGUAGCUCGUACCGAAUGGCCCGUAAGAGCCGCGAUAUACACAGAUUACGUACCCAGAAGUGACGAAUGUCAAGUCCUACAAGCCCUACAGUCGCCUCGGAUAGCUCCCUUUAUAGCUACAGUACGUUUGCGUACGAAGAUCUAAAAUAAUCGCUCCGUGUAAAGAUUACUUUUGGAUAAACGCAGGUACAUGAGCUUCUUGGUGAGCUUCAACGCCACGCAGAGUCAAUAACGACUCUUGAGCUCCCCGAUAGGUUCCAUGACAUGCGCGCAAAUUUCUUUCAGCAUUUCAAAAAGUUCG